GCCCGCCGGGCGCACCAAGAUGGCGGCGCGGCGGUGGCGGCGCGCCCUGCGCGGGCUCUGCAGGGCCGCGCUGUUCCUGGCGCAGCUCUCCGUCCUCUCGGGCCGCGCGGGAUCUUUGAUGACAACAAAGCUUUCACAGCCACAGUCUACACUGGCAAAAAGCCUAACUUCAACAAGUACAAAUGCUCCCUAUUUUAAACCAUUAGAAAGUACAGAAAUUCCACCUUACCUGACUAAUUGUCCUAGCAAUGGGCUUUGCAGUAGACUGCCACCAGACUGCAUGACAUGUAACACAAACUAUUCCUGUAUAUAUGGGAAGACGGCAACUUUUGAUUGCAAAGUCAAGCCGCAUGUUCAUUGUGUUGAUGAGAAUAAUCACGAGCAGGAGAACUUUACAAUUAACAUGACAUGCCAGUUUUGCUGGCAGCUUGCCACAAGUGAUUAUGUCUGUACCAAUUCCACAAACUGCAUGACAGUUUCCUGCCCUCGACAGCGAUACAAUGCAACUUGCACAGUCCGGGAUCACAUUCAUUGUCUAGGUAACCGUGUCUUUCCUAAGAUGCUCUAUUGCAACUGGACUGGAGGUUAUAAGUGGUCUACUGCUUUGGCACUAAGCAUCACCCUUGGUGGAUUUGGUGCCGAUCGUUUCUAUUUGGGUCAGUGGCGGGAAGGUCUGGGAAAACUCUUCAGCUUCGGUGGACUUGGAAUAUGGACACUAAUUGAUGUGCUGCUAAUAGGUGUUGGGUAUGUGGGACCUGCAGAUGGAUCUCUCUAUAUCUAAAUGUAGGUGCAAUGUGUUUCAGAGAGGAGUCGUUGCCUGCAAAGGGUCCUAAAUAAACAAGUGUGGAGGUUUGAGCCUUUAAGGUAGAAUGAAGAACAACUGUUUGUUCUAUAUGUGCAUACAUUUUAAUGUACAGUAUCUGUACUUGGUUUGCCUUUAACUAAGGUCAAAUAAAAGAGUGGAUCACUGAGUAA